ACUGAAGGUAAAUCCUAUUUCCAGCUAAGCUAGACUGAAUUCUAAAUUCUGGGCAUCAGACCCACCAGCCAGAAACAUUACACAAUGUCAACGGAACAGACAAAUUAAUUUCAAACAAAUAAAAGCCGAAAAAAAACUGAAAUAAAAUUGAGGAUAAAUUUUGGUGUAAAAUUAUCGAAAUUUGGCAAUAUGGUAAAAGUGUCGGAGGAUAUCUUUGGCAUCGCCAUCAAUCCGUUUACGAACAAGGCUCAGGUGGUGCGACGCUACACGAUUAGCAAUGCGAAUCAUCUGUCCGUGCAGAUCAUCCAGUUGGGCGCGACCAUACAGAGCAUCAAGUGCCCGGAUGCCUACCACAACGUGGAGGACGUGGUGCUCGGCUUCGACGAUGUGGCCGGCUACGAGUCGAACCGGCAGCGACGCUUUGGCUGUAUGCUGGGACGAGUGGCGGACCGCGUGGCGAACGGGGAGUUCAUAAUGGACAGGCGCAAGGUGCGUGUCACGCGCAAUUUGAAUAAUCAACAUCAGAUCGAUGGCGGCUUCAUUGGAUUCGAUCGCAUCAUUUGGGAUCUGCACAUGAUGCGUCCGGACGGGAUUACGCUCAGCCAUGAGUCCGCCCAGGGCCACGAGGGCUAUCCGGGCAAGCUGACUGUGCUGCUGCACUUCACCAUGGACAACGACAAUCGCUUCUAUAUGCGGAUCGAGGCGCGCACAGAUCAGACCACGCCCGUGAAUAUAAGCAAUCAUUGCUAUUUCAAUUUGGCCGGCCAGAAGGCGGGCCGUAAGGGCAUACUGGAGCACCGCUUGGUCAUAGCCGCGGAUCACACCAUUGAGACAACUGAGGACACCAUGCCAACGGGCCGAUUUUCGAGGGUCAACAAUACCGUCUACGAUAUGCGUGUGCCGGCCUUUAUUGGAGAUCGUCUGCGCCAAUUCGAGAACAAAUCGGUGCCCGGCUUCGAUGUGUGCUACGCCAUCGACAAGGACUUCGAUGCGAACAUAUUGCAUUUUGUUGGACGAUUUCUGCAUCCCGAAUCUGGUCGCUACAUGGAGAUACACAGCAAUCAGCCGGGCAUGCGCUUCGCCACGGCCAACGAUUUUCCGGAUGAUACGCGCGACGAGGAGCCGAUAAUGGGCAAAGAAUGCGCUCGAUAUUAUCAGCAUUCGGGAUUUAGUAUACAGCUGGAAAAGUUUCCCGACACCAUGAACAAUCUGGACUUUCCCACCGCAUUUAUAAUGCCCAGUGAGCUGUACUUUCACGAGACCAUCUACACGUUUGGUGUCCAGGAGUCCUGGAAGUGCUGCGCCCUGCCCGAGGAGCUCGAGCAGCUUGGCGCGGACAUUGUUCGAUACACCUAAUGUGAUUUGUAUUUAUUAGUAUUUGCAUUCAAAUUCAGCGUAAACCAAAUUAACCAAU